GCUGGCUAGCGAUAGUACACACACGGCCGUGAGUGUUCCAGCGUUAGUCUUGUGUUUACAGUGGCAGAGCGUGGACGGUGGCGUACAGUAUUGUGAUGAAGGAUGUAUCCGAACCCCACUACCUUUUCGUGGACCCGGCUUCGUGGACAUGAUACAAGGCACAACCAAAAUCAAUCAUGGUUGAUGCGAACAGGGUGAAACGCUGGUUCGCCCUUCGCCCAGGAACUAAAUGGACAUUACUCCUUUUUGGAUUUGUCAAUGUAGUUGCAACUUUUGGGUGUCCGGGUGUUUGUUUCUGUCCAUCAGUGUCUCGAUAUGUUCAUUGUUCCAGGAAAAAUCUUCCUUUCAUCCCAAGUGGUAUAUCUAAUGAAACAACGCAUUUGUCUCUGAAUGAAAACAACUUCCAAAACCCGAACCUAAGUCGGAGUAAUUUUACAUACCUAACUUCACUGGAACAACUGUUUCUUAUCGAAUGUGGAUUAGAAUACAUAGAGAAGGAUACUUUCAUUGACCUGAAGAAACUUAAAUGGCUGGAUAUAAGUAAGAACCGGCUGAAGAUUAUUUAUGACAAUACAUUCCAGGGACUUCAUUUAGACCAUUUGUUCCUGAACGAUAACCCUGGAAUGGUACUCUCUACCAAUGCUUUUCAGGGACUGAAGGCAAUGGGUCUGUACAUACAUAACUGUGCCAUAGCAGAUAUCACAAUUGACCAUAUAAAACCGUUGAACGGUACCUUAAAAUCGUUAUGGCUCGAUGGAAAUAAACUUGAGUAUUUCAAAAAUGAUUGGAAGUAUUUGUUUAACACGAUGAGUUAUGUAAGACUGGGCAACAAUCCCUUACAUUGUAACUGUGAAAUUAAGUGGCUAUACAAUUUCUAUGUGUCGCACGAUUCAGUAUUCGCAGGGGUGGAUCCGCCCUCCUGUCGUACCCCACCCAGACUACGGGGUAAAAGUUUAAAAAUACUGACAGAAGAAGACUUCCGGUGCCAAUUACCAGUGUUUAAAACAGUGGACGUUAUUUUUGUGGAGUCUUUAGGUAAGUUGACUUGUCUUGCCAGUGGUGACCCAGUUCCUACAAUUAUUUGGGUGAAACCAGACAAGACAAAGGAAGUUUAUGCUCCUAAAGAGGUUAAAGACACACCCGAUGAUAAUGAGGGUGUACUGUAUUUGUCGGAUCCGCGGUCAGAAGACAACGUGAAAUAUCAGUGUAUAGCUAAAAACCCCGCGGGUAAUGUGACCUUCACAUUGAGUGUGCGUUGGCCACCUUCAUACUCACAGGAGUUUGUACAGGACCCUGGCAUCGUAGAUUCGAAACCUACCCCGGAAAUCCAUACCCCACACAACAAACAAACCCACCCGCCACGACUGGAACCAAACGCUACCAAAAGCAUAACUAAAAACAAACAACAGAUAGUUAUCAAUGCGGGACAGUCCUCCGGAAUCAGCCAGGUAGCUUCGAACGAACCGGAAACGGAAGUAAUAUUUUCAAUCAUUGAUAUCGUUGGUGCAGUUGUAGGUACAUUUCUCUUAACGUUACUUGCUUGCAUCAUCAUAUUUCAUCUUUUUCAUCGUCAUCAGGAGCGAUUUUUCUACAGAGACCAGAAUGGCGUAAAUGAAACUCGAGCAAACAACAAACACCUUGUGACGGACGUGCGCAAUGAGAACGUGAAAAUGCUACAGAAUAAUCACUGCACAGUAUGAUCAGAAAAUCAAAAAUUUUUCAGACAUGUGUGAUAUUUUUCGUUAACUGUAAACAAAAUAUUCGUCAUUCUAUGUGGAAUUAUAUUAUACAUUACAAAAAUAUUAUGUUUGUAUGUGAGAUUUACUGUCUUUAACAAAAUCAUUUAAACAGUUCGUCAUUAAAUCAAACAUUUCCAGUGGUCAUAGAGUGCAUGGGUCCGAUUCGUCAGUUAUUUCACUUAUGUACAGUAAUUUCCUUAUGUAUCUUUGUUUAAACUAAUAUCACCAAUAGAGAGGAAUAUUAGCUGAAGAACGCUGCAGAAGAAUGUGUGGAGAAAUUUCUCCUAAUUACUACAAAACUUCCCAGUAGAUUCCGUGGAUUGCUAACAGCGUUUUCAAAUGUGUACCAGGAUUAUAUGAAAACAAGUAUGCUGUUUUCUUUCUGAUUUUUUCCUCUUUUCCAGUGUGCGGGGAAUAGUAUGAAUUUGAAACUCGAUGUUUACAUUUGUGAUUUCAUAAUAUCUACAAGGAUCUGUUGAGUGUUUAUCUUUGUGGACGUGUGUCUCCUCCAUGACUUGUCACCAUGAAAAUGGUCUCUAGUCGAAUGUCAGUGCCCAUGUCAAAGGGGAUUUCCUGUAACAUGUUGACAGUUGGACAUAAAAGUGGUCAAGUGCCGACAUUUACAGGUCGUGUGAUGGAUGUUUCUUUUUCCAGCUCCGACAUCUUUUCUGUCUCUAUGAAGCUGGAGCUGCUGACAUCUGCCGUACCAGAUCCUUCAUUGUAAGAAUGUGUACCCCAUUUGUGCUCAAAAGUUAAUAGAAAAAACAAAACAUAAAGUAUAGAUUUUAUCAUCCAUGACAUAUUUUUUAUUAAAAGUUUUUAAUCGCUUUUAGCUUUUCAUGUAUAAAAUAGACAGAUAUGGUCUGAUUUCAAUCACUUUUAAAUGUCGAUCAACAGACUGCUGAGAAAACAAUAUCUAAUUGCUAUACCACUCUUGAGUUUAUAGUUUUGAAAUGAUAUUCAUCUUUACAAAUCGACCGUGGUGUAAAUAUAAUAUUGCACUUAAAAUUGCCCUUUUAAAAAUACAUAAUAUGAAUAUGAAUGUUUCCCAAAAUUCAAUGUAGAGUAAUAUAGCUAAAUUGUAUACAGUUCUUUAACUUUUGACUUGAGAGCAGCCUACUAAAUUCAUUUCUCGGAAAAAAAGAGUUUUCCUUUUUCGAUCUCAAAUUAUCUUCGGUUGGUUAAAGCUGAUAAAUAUCACAACUUUAAUGAAAAAAUAUCAACGAAUGUUAUUUUUGAAUAAUGCGCAGUCACCGUGAUCGCCCACGAAGUGGUUCCGACGUCCAUUAGUGGUGUUGUUUAUAUACAUGACUAGUUACUGUGAUAGUCUCUAUGUAACUGUAUAUAUGGAGAUGUUACCUAUUUGAGAUAGGAUCAAAGACGUCUAGUUAUCUCCAUUUCCAUGGCCCGAUGAUUCUAUAAUAUGCUACCAUCUGCCUACAGCUCUCGCAUUCCCACAUUUUACCUGUCCCAGCUUCACUCGAAAUCGUCACCCUGUGGCGACGAUUUUUGAUUUGUCAAGUAACACAACAUUGACACUUCAAUCUGUACGAUAUUACAUCUACAUAUUUAUCCCUGCGAGAAAACAGCGUUCCUCGACAUUUUGACCUUGUCAAAUAUCUACAGGCGAUUUAACAUAUUCACCUGUAGCACUGUAAAGUAAAAUUAUCACUGUCGGCACUAAGUAGGUGUGAAUUUUAUGAAUGCCACUUGUAUUUAUGAUGUAAAUACUCGACAUGGUAGAAUGACAGCACAAUUUGUCCCAAAAUUGCUAAAAUGAAACAUAAUCCUCAUGUGAGACAUGAAACCUUAUGCCACAUAACUUGUCAGGCUGACCUCGAACUUUAAAUAUAAUCUCCAUUCAUUUAUAUUAUAUGAAGGGAGGUAUGAUGUUUAUUUUCUUAAUACUUUAAAAUGUAAUUGUAUACAUUUGCCUAAAGUAUGUACUUUGUUAAUGGUCAUUAACGUCACUCCAACGCUUAAAUUCACUUAUUUACAUACCUACAAAACAAAUAUUCACGAUUUUGUUUGACAGCUCAACUGUAUAACUAUAAGGAUUAUUAUCAUUCUAUUUAAAAUAACAAUGAAUAGAUUUUAUACAUCAAUAAUAUAUCAAUGAGGAAAUUUGCAGCUGCAUUUUAACUGAAAACGAAUACUUCUUUAUGGAACAACAUAUGUAAAAUAGAACAUUUCUGACUACAACCGAGACAUUCCACCAACCUGGAAAAUUUUGGUAUACAUUAGUGAUAUUUGACAUAACAGGUGAUAUUGUAGACAGGUGAUGUAUGUUUGUUAUACCUGUACUCCCAACCAAAGCCGGUAUAUUUAAACUCUGGUUCACAUCACAAUGGACGUGUGCUCACAUAAAUAGUUGACGGAAUUAGAACGUGAGGUAAACACACUGAUGUUUAAUUAACACGGGAUAUGGCGUCCCUCUGUAGUAGUAUAAUCUACUUACACCGAUCUACCGCACGUCAUGUUAUAUCAAUCACCUGAUUUGUUAUUCAUGGCGGCUACUUCGUAUGGCUUCUGUCCGAACUGCUGUUAUAGAAACUGGGAGAGUACAAUGUUGUCUGAGAGGGCUUUAGGUAAACAGUCACCUUACAUCAACCUUUGUGAUUCUAUGGAAAAUAGUGGGUUUAUUAUUCAUGAACAGAUAUUGCAUGAGAAUAUCCUCUUGAUAUCUUAAUGGAAUGAAAAAGCAGAGUUCAAAUAAAAUAAACUUUAAGGGAUAUUUUAUAUAAAAAAAACCGUAUAUUAUCUAUAACGGAUAUCGAAGUUUACAAGAUCAGUUCAGCAGAUAUUUUAUUAAUUAGGAUAAACAAUCAAAUAUUAUUGCUUGAUUUGAUGGUUUACCUUGGCAAACAUGAUAAAAUUGAGCAAAUAAAAUAACACUACGUAGGCCUCGGAAAUUGACAUCCAGAUCGUUACCCUUACGUAGAGUUAAUCAUUAAUGACAUGUAAUUAAUCAUAGGAAAAACCAUUCUCGAGACAAUUCGAUCAUAUAACUGUUAUAAAGGUAAUAUACUCAUUAUUUCCUGGUCCUGUAUGUCCGUCAAUAACUCUGGUCGUAGUGGUGGACAGUAUAUCUAUAAUGUGUACACAUCAGUAUUUACUAUAUCGUAUGAUACCGCAAGUCAAUUUUAAGAAACCUAGAUCACAAUUUAAGAUAUAAAAACUGCAACAAAUAGCCGCUAUGUUUGUGGCACGCGACAUGCAAUGGCAGUCUAAUCCAUACCAUAUGGUGGUUCAAACUGUUAUCGCGGACCACGAAAACCGCUUAACAUCUGAAUAUGUCGUUUACGUAAGAAUUUGACAAAAUCUCCAUAGUUUCAUGCGGGAUUUCCCCCGUAGUCAGUCAAUUGAUCGACGUCAUUAUUGUAGUUAAUAGGCUAUUAUUGAUUGUGAUCUGUAUCUGUGGCAUGCAUGGAAUUAUUGGAUUUUUUUUAACAAAUAAUUACUUUGGUAAAAAGUUAUUAUCUAACUUUUUUGAAAUAAGGAUUAAAGAUUUUUUUUCUCUUUCAAUUUUAAUAGUGUUAUCAACUAACGAUGAUGUGGAUUUGAAUUAACGGAUAGGCUAUCCCUAGAAGAUAUCAGUUAUUAAAAUUACUUCAAUUUAAUUAAACCAAUAUACACGUAAUUUCAUUGUCCUUGCAAAAGAGAAAAACAGAACAGUGUGUUAGAGAUCUGUGACAGAGGCUUAGAACUGACACAUAAUAUAAAGUACAUCACACCAUACGAUGAUGCAGGCAUAAUAUUGAUUCAUACAUGGUUUAAUUCAGGUUUUAAUUUGAAUCAAUAAUUCUAUUAUCACGAUUGCUAAUGCAUCGAGUUCAAGAUCUGAUUUAAUAUUCAGAAGUAACAAACAAUCUUCGCUUGAGGGAUCGCAUCUGAAUGUCAAGAAAAUUGAUAGAAUUGAAUUUUAGGACGCGUAUUAAUAUUUUAGUGAACAUAUAAAUCAUUGAAGCGGAAACCUGAAAUUUGUCAUGUUAGAAGAAUGCAUCCAUGUGUAUUAGAGGUGACAUUCCUUGCUGUAAUCAAUGACUAAGUUAUGGUAGAAAAAUACAUUUUCACAUCUACGGCUACUUUGUGCUAAUGUGUAUAUAUUUUAUCAUCUUAAGCUGGCAACAAACCUCAGCGUUAUGAGCUUUACACAAGUUAUGACCAGGAUUUGUUUAACCAUCAAUACUUUGCAUGCAUGAUACUUUGGAAAGCUAUUUAAGGCAAAUCCCGUUGGUAUAUCGUAGGUGGCAAGUUAUCCGAACCCUAUGGCGUGCUGGUUUUCCAUCAUAAAAAAUAAGUUUAUCGAUUAGACUUUCCCUUCGUGACUAAGGGAGAAGCCACUAUAUAGCCGAGUAAUCACACAAGAUAUCCUUUUACUGAAAUGUCAACUGUUCACUUCCAGGUUGUCAUUCUGACACCCAACAUAUAAUGAUCAUCAACGUGGAAAUACCCUCCUAGUUAGUUCUCAAUUGUAAACGUCAUGUUUCCUCUAUUCAGUCCAUUGCGUUGUUGUCAGGAAUAUUUGCCAUUGAGUGUGUUUCAAAGGAAUUUAAGAAGUGUAUUAUAUAAUAGAAUGUGAUUUUUCUUUUCGAAAUUACUGCAAAAUGUUCACUAUUAAUGGCAUUUCUAAUUGAUGAAAAAAAACCACAUGAACCAUGUUUUAAUAAAAACCAACAAAUUCAUCUAUAUCUGUAAAAUUAUUUUAAAUAUACCCAUAUUCUCAGAAAUACCGAGAAAAUAUAAGACAAAAAUGUGUAUUGAAAUCCUAUCCUUUUGAAUUCACCGCGAAAAUAUUUUUGUCUUGAAAUUACAAUAUGAUGUUGUAUGAUUGGUUCGCAAGUACACAGAGAUGUGUAUCUCUUGACAAUUAUCAUAGGCUUAGGGUGAUUAAGCUUCGCCGAUCAAGUGCAUACAUUUUAAUGCGUCACGACUCCUUUUAGCCCAUCAGAUUAGUUAGAUAUAUCAUUUCUUAUCGGUGUAAUUUACGGUUUGUGAGUUUUCUCAUUAUAAUAAAUGUAUUGAGACAUUUUCUUCAUCCUUGAGUGAGUAUUACAGCAUAACGUAUCAUAAUUUCUAGUUCACAAGAUCGCACAUAUCAUAUUUCAAAUAACAAAGAUGUAGCUUAAGAUUUAAGUUUUAAAACACAUCUUUUCAAGUACGUUCCCAUUAUUAUCAUAAGCUUCAUACAAUAAUUUCAGAUGAAUUCUCAUGAUAGGAUCUUACAAUGAACAAAGUUUGUUCACAAAGAUAGAAAUAUGAAAUUGAAUACUUGACAUAGAUAUUAACUUUACUAAAUGUCAAAUUUGUCAUCCAGUGUAAUCGUCGAGCGACACGAAGCUUUGUGUGUGAAUGUGUGCAGGGAAGAGAGUGUGAGAAAGUGAAAUGUUGGCUGGGCUGCCGAGAGAGGCGAACACUUUUAUUAAACAAUAUAAAUAUAUAUAUAUAUAUAUAUACAGUUGUAAUUUAUUUUUGUGUUUAUACCAAUAUCAUGUGAAAAUGAAAUGUUACAAAGGAUGAGUUGCCAACACUAAAGUAAAUAAAACAUGACAAAACA